AUGUGGGGAGGAUUUUCAGGACAGUUCUGUGAAAGAGAAGCGUAUGAGUGUGACUCAAGUCCUUGUUUAAAUGGUGCUGUCUGUGUGGAUAACGCCAAUGGAUAUGAUUGUUUUUGCCCUGAAGUACCACAGUUUAAGGACAAUGGAGAAAAAAUUACUGAUGAGGAGCUAGCUAGCCAGCCUUUAGAAAACAUUCACGACAAAAACUGUUCAAUGGACAUUGAUGAAUGUGCCUUCAAGCUCUGCAAAAAUGGAGCCAGUUGCCAUAAUUUGAUUGGAGAAUUUUACUGUAACUGCUUGCCAGGGUUUACUGGGAAGCUCUGUGAAACAAAUAUUGGUAACUGCUUAUCACAACCCUGUGGUUCUCUCAGCCUCUGUAAGGAUGAGUUGGAAGGUUAUCGUUGUUUCUGCGCACCUGGAUUUAUAGGUGAUAACUGUGAGACAGAAGUGGAUGAGUGCUUGAGUGGCCCAUGUCAGAAUGGUGCUUCAUGUGUCGAGCAGCUCAAUGCCUUCAGCUGCUUGUGUUCGGAUGGCUUUCAAGGAGAGGACGUGUUUCUUCUCCUCCCGAGCGUUGGGUUGGGCGGCGGCGGCGGCGGCGGCGGCGGCGGCAACUCCGGCUCCAGCUCCGGCGGCAGAGGCAGCUUUCUCGCAGCGGGACUGCCGGUGGCUGCGGAGGCGGCAACGGGCGUGUUUGCCGCGGCGGAGGCGACGUCGGGCUACGCGGCGGCGGCGGUGGCGCGCCUUUCGGCGGCGGUUUCAGCGGCGGGCCUUUUGCUGCGUCUGCGGCAGCGGAGGGGCCUUUUCGUAUCUGCCCCUGCUGCGGCUGAUAGGCGGGCACUUCGGCCUCGGGAGCCAGGGUCGGCCUGGGCUGCGGCGGGUCUCCCACUGUGCGUCAGUGCGGCCCGUAGUGGGCUGCCGGCGCGGCGCGCCAUUUCGGCCUUCCCCCCCCCACUCACUCCUCCGCGAACCUUGCUGGGUGGCUGCGGGGUGUUGGGUACCCCCCCGUGUUACAGUGUCUGGGGGUAUCAGCUUAUUGCCCACCCUUCUCCUUAG